CGUGUAGCUGACCACUGAAGCGUGUCCCAUUUUGCCGUUAUGAUCGGGGACCUCUACUGACCCGAAAACCAGUAAAUCCUCACGGAGCCAUUGACGCCAGCUUACAGAGCGUUGUCAUCAGCAGCCACUGAACCACGUGGUCCAGGUGAGAUACAAGCAUUGUUGUCCAGACCGCCGACACGUCUACACGGCAACGCAGAGGGAUAACCUCCUAUUGGUUCACGCCUUGUCCAAAUAACCAAUCGUCAAAGACCGAACAUCUGAAAAAUAGUUUGGUUUUCAAAGCAAUCAUCUACAAAGUGACAGAAAGCUUCCAGUAGUUGAGUAUACCAUCUGUCAGCAACAAGCACCCUUUUUGAAAGUGAAUCCAGACGUUUACGGUAGAAGUGUACUUGUUAAGAGGAUUGAUAUAACCGAAACUGAAAGACAAAAGUAGAUUGACCAUGGAACAGCCAUCUUGUUUUUUUGUCACCAUGGAGACCUUGCCUUUUGUGUGACAUCUUUGUUGAUAGACCUGCUGACCAUUGCCGUGACCUUUUGACCUGACCAGCAUCCGAACCUCCCCGACUCCCAAGUAAAACACAGCUAGGAGCAUGUCUUCAAAACGAAAGAAUACCCCAACAAAGCUGCCAAAAGACGACGUCGUAAGCGAGCGACCAAUCAGUGAGUGCGACAGUAACCAAGACAGUGACGGAGAAUUAGACCCCUCCCAUUUACACAUUGUCACGAAAUCGGACAGCGAAUCUCAGGACUCGGACAGCUGCGGCUUGGACAGACCUCCGAGCAAAAAACAACGAAUUCUCCAAAGAGUGCGACAAGGGUCUGACUCGGACAACGAGCUUAGUUUCUCAACACAUUUCAACAAUAAUAAUAACCAUAUCACAACAAAGUCCAAUUUUGGACUGCAGAAAAAGUCAAUGGACAGUGUACUCCGACGAUUGAGCUCAAAGUCCGACAGUGAGCUUGAGAAUAACAAUAUGGCUGACAAACCAGGCAAUUCUGAUGUGCGUGUGAAAGAGAGCAUUCAGAUGCUACUCAGCGACGGUAGCCUGACGGACAAGGAGCGCAGACUCAGUGACAUGAUUGCUCAACUGCAGGAUCUAAAGGAAGACAUCAGCAAACAGAACAAAGGGACUGAUCAAGUGGCUGAAACACCAGAAUCCAAAACAACAGUUCAAUCAUCUGCGAAUUCAUCAUAUGCAUCAUCAAAAAGUUCGUCUCCUGUCACCAUGGAUACAAUGAAGAGAAUGUCUGUGUCUCCUCCAAUGGCUGCUUCUCCCUACCAUGCCUCUCCCCACUCCCAGGCAUCGCCACGGCAACGCAGUCCUCACAAUGCCAGCCCCGCCCAGGCCUGGAACGAGCACCACGCUGUCCCCAACGGACAGGAAAUCCCUCUGAAUCUCACAAAACCGAAGGCAGAGUUUAAAUUAGAGCUUAUGGACAAUGGCUAUGGUGUAGGACAUGGGGGCCAUCCUGAACCCAUAGUGACGCCCCCACCUGCCCACAGCAACCACCGGCGCCAGGUGGCAACGUCAACGCCCCCUACAGACACAGUGACAUCAUUCAUGCAGGCACGGUCACCCUUUGGCCUCCCCCAGUAUGUGGCGAGUCCAUACAUGAUGGCCAACCAUCUCCCAGUGUCCGCAGUCCUCAACAGUUUGUCCGCCCACUCUUCGCUUCUAAAUGGAAAAUCACAUUCCGAACUAGAGAAGGAGAGCCUGGUACAGGAGGUGUUAGCACGUCAGUUACAACACAGCGUGAGUGGACCAGUGUUCCCCGGCCUCCACCUACCACUCUACACCGGAGCCGCCUUCCCACAACUCCCUCAGGUCAACCAAAGCAUGAAGGGCCGGGCAGAUAACUCCCCCGACGAUUCCCCUAACAACGGUGCUUAUGUCCAACACUUACAAAGUAAGAUGUUUGGUGCCAAGAUAAUUCGUUCCAACAAGGAAAAGAAUGACCCCACUCGACCUCACAUCAAGCGACCAAUGAACGCCUUCAUGGUUUGGGCUCGUGAGGAACGAAGGAAGAUCCUCAAGGCUUGUCCUGAUAUGCACAACUCCAAUAUCAGUAAAAUCCUUGGAGCUAAAUGGAAGGCCAUGAGCAACGCAGAGAAGCAGCCAUUUUACGAAGAACAGUCUCGUCUCAGUAAACUACACAUGGAGAAACACCCUGACUACCGAUACAGACCCCGUCCAAAACGCACAUGUAUAGUUGAUGGCAAGAAGUUACGGAUUUCGGAGUACAAGUCUUUGAUGCGGUCGAGGCGUCAGGACAUUCGGCGAGUUUGGUAUGGGGAAUCUGGCACUACCUAUGUGGAAGGGCUGCUAGGCGAACAGUCACCCAAUGCCAGUUUCGAGGGGGAGCAGAAAUUGGCUGGAACUGACGGUAUGAACGGAUCAUCUCGUAUGGACCCAGGCAUGCUUGGAGAGUUAGGUCCCGAGGGGGACAGUAGUGACAAUGACAACUACAGUGAUACAAUGGAGCACCUGUCGGACGUCAGCCUAGACACGCCCAUGUCACUACCGGGGGGCUCCGCACUAUUCAGACCCGGACUCGGCCUCCAUCCCACCGCUGCCACCGCAACGACAUCAUAGUCUCCAGUGCAUCAUCGUUAUAUUUUCUCUAAAGACAUAAAUGGCAGCAAGAUGAACGAGAGAAAUGAUACAAGAUACUGGUGAACUUGUAUUUAAGAGAACGAAAGGAUUUGUGAUUCGUUAUGGAAGGGGCCUCAAAUCUGUGUAAUCCUUCUUUGUUUAUAUAGUGAUAUAACAUGACACCUUGUAGUGAUAGAAUCCUUCAUGAACAUCAUAUUGAACAAGCAAAGGCCAUCGGACACAACAUGACAGUUAUCACCUUUCUGCUGCACCAACGAUAACAUGUUAUGGACAUUCCAAAUUCUCCUUGCCAAGAACACAACAGUUAUUGUGGGUCAGACAAACUUUUAUUUGACUAGUUCAUCUGGGUCAGAUGUGUGUUUGACCUUAAUGAUUCUAUGUCUGACGAGUGUUUGACCUCACUUACUCUGAGUAGGACAAAUGUUUGACUGCAGGUAUAGUGCCGAGUUGUGUUGCCAUAGUGACAUGGUGCUAGAUGGUCUGUAGAUUUGUAAUAGAUUUGUGUUGUUACACUAGUAGAUUGACUGUUGGGUAGUGAAUGGGUGGGUAGAUAAUGUAACAGGUUGGUUACCACUAUUUUGUGGGGACACAAAAGGUAACUGAAGAUUGGGGUAGUUUGGGGGGAUGGACAAAUUGGGGUAGGGUAGGUAUUUGGCUGGAUACUUGCAUUUGAAUUUGGGAUGGGAAACCAGGACUGGAUAGAUAUUUGGCUGGGUACCCAGGGAUAGCUAGAUUUGGGGAUGGGUACCCAGGGAUGGGUUGGUUGAAUGUAUAUUUAGGGACGGUGCAGAGGGUUGGGUUUAUGUACAGGGAGACAGGUUGUGUAUGCAAGGUGAUUAUGUUAGUUGUGAUAGUGCUUGUCCAGCCACGGUCCACCAUAAGAUCCAUCCAGCCAGUCAAAAUAGCAAUAUAUAUAUACUCGUCGCUUAUAACUAUGUAUUUUCAUGGCCAUGACGAUGUCCACAGAAGGGACUUAACACAGUAUCUACAAUGUAUGUAUAGUAUAUGUAUGUGUCUUUUAGAGUAAAAUUACUAUGUUUUGUGUUUAAAGCAAGUUAGACAGGACCACACUUCAUUGGUUCAAUUUUGUUCCACUGCCUAACCAAUCAUAAUCAUUUGUUUAACUUAUAUAUUACAUACUACUACAUGAUUGGUGGAGGUUUUUCACCAAUCGCAUCAAUGUAACUAUCCAAUAUUGGGUCCAAGAUCUACUAAUAUAUCAUCCAGAACUUCUUCUUUUUUUUGUUUGUCUCAGUAUUUUUUUUUUUUAGAAUGACAUGAUGAUAUUUUGUUAAUUGUUAUUGUUUUAAAUGUUACGACCUUGGGAAGAGCUGGUGCACACUGGGACACCUUAUAUAGGCGCCAUGGUGCUUCCUUCUGAGUAUAAAACCUGCUACUCCCUUAGACACUGUAUAGACACAAUGGUGCUUCCCUCCAAGUACAACGCUGCUUCUCCCCGGACCACAUUAUAAAGGCACUGUGGUGCUUUCCUUUGAGUAGUUGCUACUCAGUUGUAGAACAUGGCUGUUUAUGGAAACCGACUAGGAAACCAUAUUCUCCAUAUUUAUUCCAUUUUUGUGUUUUGUUAAUUAUAUUAUGGUCUAUUUCUUCAACAAAUUUUUAUUGUUUUAUUUUAUGUACCAUUCAAACAUGAACAAGAUUUUUUUAAUUUUUUUUUCAACGUUGUGUCCAAACUGUACCUAAAAAAAAGAUUUCCUAUCGUAAAAUUUGUUAAGAGUUGCAUGGUUCAUGAACAUGAGGUUUUUUUUUUAUAAAAGUUCAAGAAUAUUGUUUAAAGAAAGGGGAAAAAAUAUGAUGAAUUUUAAAUUCCAAUACAUUAUUAUUGCUUAUUUAUAUUUUAUUUUAUUUUUGAGGAAAUAAGUUAAUUCUCCGAGUAAUAAUACUGCUAAAAAUUGUUAGAAAACAGUUUUAUUCAUGGUGCCGCUGAGGACUGUGUGCAGCCAUUACGUCACCAUGACAAAGAUGUUGUACAUCGAUUUGACUAAUGGCUGCUCGCAUUAUAACCUCUUGUCUCUAGCCCCGAGUUAUAUCCAUGUAUCUUUAUGUAGGUAGUCUGUCUGUGACUUUUUGUUUCUUGUUAUUUUACAAAAAAAGUAUAUUAUAAAUCAUGUGAAUAUGUAGAGUCAAUUAAAAUUUAUUAUAUCUGUACAUGUAAAAAUAUUGAAUUAAUCACAAAACAAAUGCACUUUUUUUUGUUCUUAAUUUUGUUUUACCUAUAUCUGUUUUUCUUCAUGAACAAUUAGAAAUACGGCUGUCAGAUCAAAUACUAUUUUUUUGAAAUCCACAUGUCCAAUGCUGCAAAAUUUUCUUGUCACUUGAAUAUGAGACUGCACUCUAAUAUUACAGUUAUCUCCCCUUAAAUCUACAUUUAUAAUUCAUAACGAUUGUUGAUUAUUUUAUCAAAAUCACUCGAAGUACGAACACAAAUAAUUUUAAAUUGCCAGUUGUGUAAACCACGUUUUGUUCUCAUAAUUUCCCCACCAUAAAAUGGUGUCUUUUUCACUAGUUAAAUUUGCAUAUGUGUCUUGUCUUCUUCCUAUUAUUACAACUAGUCCUUUGAGUACAAUGCAAUUAAUAAAAAAGGUAGUGCUAUCAGAUGUGAAAAGUAAAAACUAUGUAAAUUUCUAGCUUUUAAUGCCAUAAAAAAAAUUCUUCUGGUAUUUUUGAAAAUACAUGAAAACUGCAAGAUUAUUUUUUAAAAAAAACACAGUGAUUUGAUGUUUUCUGAAUUUCAUUGUGCCUAUUUGCUGUUUGUAAAUGUCAAUAGCCUGACACAACUGCCAUUGUACAGAGACGCAAGGAAUGGUGCAUUUAUGUUUACACUAGUUGCCAUGGUACCUACAUCUAUUUUUAUGUCCCACUUGACAUUGACUCUGUUGUCAUGGUAUUUUGAUCUCAUAUAUUGUUUUGCUAACGGACACCGAGGCUAAAUGCUAUAAUGAUUAUGCCUCUUCCCCUGUAGAGCCUUAUGUCCCAUUAUUUUCGCGUAAUCUUCGUCAUUGCCUCGUCAUGUAACUGCCCUGUUUAUAGAGAUAUAUGCUGUAUAUGUAAACAAAAUUUAUAGGUAGAUCAUUAUCGAUUAUUAUUUAUACGGUAUUUUUUUUUUUUUUUUUAUUAUGAUAGACAUUUUGAACAGUGAAUAUGAAACUGAGGCUUGAGUUUCGUCACGAACCUUAGCUGCUGUUUGAAGCUACAAGAUUCUACAAAUAGUCCUCGUCACACCUUACGUUUUCUGUUGUUGAUGCUGAAACAGCAUUUGUUACCAUAGUUAUAUUGCAGCAUGUAUACCCGUUGUUUAUUUCAUUUUUGUACCCGACAAGUUUUUAUCAUUGAUACAAAGCAUCCUUGUUGUGCCAGAUAAAAACAUGAGUAUAUGUUGAUUCCUACCUAAUCUACAAAAUGUUCUGUCUUCAGAAAAUCACCGGAAAAUAAUGAGAAAUGAUGAGAAAUGUAUGACAAAUGUGAUUUGCUUGGAUGAUGAUGAAGCAAUUGCAGGUUGAAAAUUUGAAUACCAGAUAAAAUGUAUUCUAUUUUAUGAAGUACAUUUAAAAACUUCAGUAUGAAAAAGCUACAAAUUUAUUUUUUAUUUGAUAACACUCAAUGCUAUAUAUUUUCUUUCUUUCAUCUGUUUUUAUUGUGACAUUAGAGGUCAGUUCUCAGUUGGCAUGACAACCAAAGUCUGUGCUCACUUGUCAUGACAGCCAAAGUCAGUGCAUGGUUGUCAUGACAACCUAGGUUGUACUUUGUUGUCAUGACGACCUAGGCCUGUCCUUGAUAGUUAUAACAUCCUAGGAUGGUUCGUGAUUUCAUUACAAGCUUGGUCAAUACUUAGUUGUCAUGACAGCCUAGUUCAGUACUCUGUUGUCAUGACAACAUGAGGAUGAACUUGGUUGUCAUAACUGCUAAGGUCAGGUCUCAGCUGACAUGACAAACAAGACUUGUGUACUCAUGUCUGCCAUAUAAUGAAACUUUAUCAUGAAGACUUUUAAACUUUGAGAUAAUGAAUAUUUUCACCUUUUUCCAUUGAGAUAUAUAUUUGAAAAAUUGAGCUUUUGGAUUAGAUUAAUUUCAUAAAUUUUCACAAAAGAAUAGAUAAUAUGUUGAAAAACUGUUGUAUUUGGAAAAUUAAUUUAAUUGAUAAUUCAAUUGAGGUAAAUCCUUUAUUUACAUUCAUCAACUUCAGUAAAAGUAGGUACAACACGUCGCAUUAUAAAGGGUGUGGCCACAUGUCACAAUGACACGAUGUGUAGGUGGCCACAUUUCUUCACUUUGGUGUAGUUGUGGCCAGAUGCAUAUGGUUGUGGGUGUGGCAACAUGUCUCAUGGUUUGUGGGUGUGGCCAAAUGACAAAAAAAAUAGGGGUGUGGUCACAUGGUAAGUGGGUGUGGCCACUCGUCACAUGGUAAGUGGGUGUGGCCAACCGUCACAUGGUUAGUGGGUGUGACGACAUGUUAUAUGGGUAUAGCUAUAACUUGGUCCGGUCCACAGUUGUCAUCAUCACUUAUUGAUUUGUCUACAAAAUAAGCUUCUUUUUAUUAUUAUAGUUUAAGUUAUAGAUUUGAUAAAUUGAUUGACUUUGUGAGAACAAAUUAAUAAAAUGUUUUAUUAAAAGAA